AUGGAAGAGAACUAAAAGCGGAUAUGGCGAGUCCCACAGUUUGUUUUAUUGUUCUUCUGUUUGUCGCCGAGUCGACGACAAAGCAGCUAAACACGGAAAAUAUCCUGAUUAACGUGACAGCAGGGACACUGACAGACACCGAGCUGCAGCAGUCCAACAGCUUACAGAUAAAUUUAAACAUAUCAGUGGGUGAAGAGCAGGUGCUGGUCAAUGAGAUCCCGGUGGAGCUUUCAGGUGUCACUAGGUUCAACUGCCAGGCUCUUCUCUGUGAGUUUCCUUCACUUCUCCUUUGAGCUUACAGAGCUAAAGCUAAAUGAUCCGCCUGUUAGUUUUUCCUUCCUGUAAUCUUUAGAACUGGUUCUCCAGGCUUUCUAAUGGGCCAUGUUUAUUUUAUUUUUUUUUCCAGCUAAUAUCUCUUUGGAAAUCGUAUUUUUUUUCAGAUGUUGCUACUCCUCUAUGAACUUUAGCAUCUCCUCUACCAUCAUAUAAACAGAAACAGUUCAGGUAUUCAUCCCUGUUGGAUGAUUUAUUGCUUCCACAAAUCAAACAUGACCAACAAAAUUUGACUUGUUUGACCACAAAAAGUAAAAAAAAAAAAAAAAAAGUUUUAAUGUCAAAGGAAUGAACCAGUGAAGGCCCUUCCACACGCUGCUGUCUUCACUGUAGUUGUUUUUGGUGAUUGCUGGUUUGUAUCUGAAACUCUGACAUGCUGGUGCAGAUUUCAAACAAAUCGACUUUCUAUUCGUGAGCUGUUAAUAACAAGAUACCUAUUCCUGCUUUCCGCAUGUGUUGAAUAUUCAUCUUGCUAA